AUGCCGUCGCUGCCGCAUCGCCCAGCGCUGGCUUCCCGCGACGGCAUAUCCAGCUUUUCGUCAGUUCAAAGUUCCGAUUCUUACUACAGUAAUGCAGAAAUCCGCGUCCUCCACGAUGUCGUCGCUGUCGCCCAGGAUAAUCUCGACGAUCUGCCCGAGGGUGAAAGGCUGGCGACGAACGCCCUCUUCCAAGCCUACGACGCUGUUCUCCCCAACUACGGGAUCGAUCCGGAGGAGGAUCAUCACAUAUCGCGCCUCGUCUUUCGGGUCGGCGGCGAACGCGGCGAUGGCUCGCUCUUGGAAAAACUUCACAAUGUCUUGUCGAGAAUGGGCAUCGAACUCGAGUUCGACAACCCAAGUGAUGGGUCCAGGCCUGUCUCAGACCAGUGCGAUGAGGCAGAACGCGAGAUGGCUUCUCAACCAUCACGUCCUUUCUCUGACGCCGGUCACGACUCGGUCACCACCGAAGACGAGUCUUCCGAAAAUUUUCAGCUGCCUCAGGAAGACCGCCACAAGUCCUCGUCUGCGUCAUUCGAUUCCGACCGUCAUCCGUGUCCCCCUAGGCUGACGCGCACGGCCUUGGCACCAAAUCUCUCGGCCCAUGGAUCUGGCCAACAACGCGAAGAACCCAUUUCCCGAAGCUACUCGCCGCCGACGGCUGCCGGCACGGAGCAAACCCGCCAGAGUUCUCAACUCGGGGUUGACACCAGCAGAAACCGCGGGCCUAAUGGCGCCACGGUUCGACCGGUUGAUACUGUCGCCCCCUAUCCAGAAGAGAACGAGAACUUGGCUUCUUCCCUACCCGUUCGGACGAAGCCUGUCCGGACGGUCAAUUGGCUCCUACCAGAAGAUGCAGCCGACACCGAACCUAGCAAUGGACACGGAUCUGUUACCACUGAGCAUCGCGCUCAAUCCCAAUCAUCUCAACAGCAGUACCAGCUCUACAAGCAGCCCCAGCAGUCUCAGCAAUACCAACAUCGGCUUUUGCAGCAGCAACACAUUCCUAACGAGCAUGAUGGUCGAUCUAUGCCAUCCCAUCUUUAUCAAAGCUACCAGAAGGUUGAAGAACUUGAACAGGAGCAGCGCGUGUCACAGCAGCAGCAUUCUUUGUACCACUCGCUACCUCAGAUUUGGCAGGUACUGCCUCAGCAGGCUGUCCCUCAGCAAGAGAACGCCAAUGAGCCCAAGCUGCAACAACAGCCGUUCCGAGAGUACCAGCACCCUCAGCAGCCUAAUCAACCUCCAUAUGUUCCUGUUAUUGAGCAUCAAAUUCAACAUGCACAAUUCCAACAGGAUCAGCAGGAGCUGGUUUCUGCUGGGAGUGUGCCGGACCACGAUGCCAUUCAACAUAAAGAGAAUAGUUCAGCUGGAAGGCGGCAGAAGGCUGAGGAGCUUUCUAGCAGCGAUGUAAAGGACUUCGGCCAAGAAGCGACAAACAACGAGCAGCAGCUAGCUGAGAAGCCCCCCGAAACUGAGCCCGAACUUGACGUACGAGGUGUAUCUGCUGAUGAGGAGAUGGAAGAAGAUCCUGAGGCCGAAGCUCGAUACGCUUGGAUGAGAGCAGUCCUCCCAGGCAGGCCUAGGUCUGGGCACUACGCUCUUGCGACGGGCUUCUGGGAUUCGAGGCACUUCAACAUCUACAUUACCGGCUGUGCCUUGGCUAUCCUCCGCGAUUCGGACACCAUUGUCCAGACCAUCUACGACGACGAUCCGACCCAUUUGCAAGCUGUUGCGUUCGACGAGUCCACAGGCAAGAUUGCCACUUGCACCGAUACCACGGUCAGAGUAUACAGGCCCUUUGGACAAUCAGAAGAUGCGUUAAAGUGGGGCCUUCAAUCGUCAUUCCCGAUCCCAGAAUCUCAAAAUGCCAUCGACGGCACCUCUCUUAGUUGGGGCGCUUCUGAGGAGCUCCUUGUUGCUCAUUCCGCUCUCUACAUGUACUUAACGAGCAACGAAACGAUCCAGGUGUGGAAAAAGUCUCUGCCGAACCCCUCACAGUUCGCCGAACUCUCCUACGACUCGGGAUACAUCGCAUCGGUUGGGUUUCAUGAUCGCCUUGUCAAAGCCUGGCGCCGUUUGACGUAUGGCGCUGAAGAGGUUCGCUUCGACUUGGCUUAUUUGCGGCAUCCGGAUGUUGUAACAAGCAUUCGGUGGCGGAAACCGUAUCACAUUGAACAAACUGUUGAGAAUGUGCUAUACACCAUUUGUGCGGACAACCUGGUUCGCGUUUGGACUGGGUCUGACACUCACGCUCCUCAGCAGCUCAAGCUCUGGGGGGCAAUCGAUUUGGCGUCGUCAUUCCGAGAUCAAAGUCUCACAAAUAGGCAUCCCGCAACCCCACUGAUAGCUUUUGUUCUCGAUGGUAGGGAAGUGUCUGCUGCCACGGAAGUGGCUGUUCAGCGUCGUUCUUCACAGAAUGGAAAGCAGGACACCGCACUCGAACAUCUGAUAUCCCUCGCCAAUGACAGCGUUGAGCUAUGCAUUGCGUCUAGCGGCGGCGGAGACACAGUUGUCUUUGCGUUGGAAGACGUUGGGCCAAAUACCAGCAAAUCCAGAAACUCGAACAUAUCACGCUUCAAGUCACAAUACCUUGACUUCCGGCCAGAGCAGCACGCCGAGGUGCACAGUUAUUGUGACCGUCGAACGGGACGUCUGCACGUAUUAAUACAUGACUUUGAUGGCCAGAUCCAAGUCUACGAAACCGACCUGGUAGAUUUCUUGAACCCUUCUGCAAAGCAACCCUCUCUGACUCGGCACUGCAUCUGGUCUGGACACUCGGCCCCUAUCCAAAAGAUGGUCCGCAAUUUCAGCGGUCGCGCUGUCGUUUCCAGGACGGCGGAAGGCGAGAGCAUUGUCUGGACUCAUGCCGAAAACAGCAAGUCGACUCUUUCACGACAGAGCAUCAUUCCAGGAAGCGGUCAAAUCCUUCGUAUUUGUGUUCUCCGCAAGGGCCGUUUUGUCAUUUUCCUGGAGCGCAACACCAUCUGCUUGUGGGAUUGCCGAGGGCAACGAGCCAUUCUUCUGGAACGUCAGUCAUAUGAGAUGUCUGGCAAGCCACUGUGUUUGGUGAUACUGCCUCGACAGCGAUUGGAGGAGUAUGCGGUGGCUCAUAUUGCCAGCGUCACCUCGGAGCAGGAAGGCAUAGUUUGGGAGGUUAACCUACCUAGAUACUCUCGGCAAGGGCCCGAAACUCACGUCAAUGGCCGAGCCGGAACUUCGAUUCGGGAAUUUUGUAGGUUCCGGCUGGAGGGCAUUCGGGGACUUGCCUACGUGCUGCCUGUUGACCCUGCAGGGUCUGCGCUUGUCACGUCAGGCUUCCUCGACGUCUUCGCCAAGGACAUUGCCAUUUCGUAUACCCACACUGGACGGGUCGACUUCUGGACAUCUCGUGUGGACUCUACAGAGGAUCGCGUGGGUUGGCUUUCGACGUCCUCUGCAGAAACGGGACUUUCGGAGCCAGCACUCGUCAGCGGCAGUACUCUCAAGAAAGCAGCGCUGGUCGAUUCCACACGAUCCCAGCUCUUUAUCUGGGACAUUGGAGGUGCCCGACUUGAGUUUACGCAGAACUAUGGAACAAAUAACACCAUUCAGGACCUUGAUUGGACGUCGACGCCAGAUUCACAGUCGAUUCUGGCCGUUGGGUUCCAGUCCAAGGUCGUUCUGCUCUGCCAGAUGCGUUUCGACUAUCUCAACAAAGGACCCGCUUGGGCCGCUGUACGGGAAAUCAGCAUUCGAGAGCUGACACCGCAUCCGAUCGGCGAUUCUACCUGGCUAGGUGAUGGGUACCUCGUCAUUGGGUCCGGCAACCAGAUGUUCGUUCACGACAGAGCGUAUGACCUUUCCGGCUCUCUGGUGAAGAGCUUGCAGCUUCCGCAUAGAAAGAAUGGUGUCUGGGACUUAUUCGACGCCGUGCAGAGGUUCAACGGUCCGCUGCCGGUUUUCCACCCGCAAUUCCUCAGCCAGAGUAUUCUCGCGGGGAAAAACGCAGUGGUUAGGAAGAUACUGAUGUCGUUGUUCAAAAUACUCAAGUUUCACGUUGCAGAUGAGACAGUUGACGAUUAUCUUGGUCUCGAUCUCGCAGACUUCUACAAGAACGAGACGUCGUCAAUGCAUGCAUCUGAAUCUCAUCUUGGUUCUCAUUUUAGUCUUCAAACAUCUGGCGACGAUGCAGAGGAGACUUUCACAGAAGACGUGGCAUACUCUAUCAAUGAAAGGUUGACCAAGGUUGACCUUCAGCAGCUCUCGGGGCAUGAACAAAUACAACUAGCAGAUAUCAUCGAAUGCGUCGGCAUGGUCGAGAAACAGCGUAGGUCGUUGGACGAAAACGGCGCACGCUUCAUGCUUUUUUUCCGGCAGCAUGCGCUUCGAAAGGGGCGUACAAGCGAGAUACAGAUGUCUUGGCGAGAAAUCAAUUGGGCGUACCACUCGAUCAGCCAGGAUAUUCUAGUCGACUUUGUCUCAAAGCAGUGUCACGGUAGCGUUCGCUGGGAAGACGCGAGAGAAAGCGGCAUGUUUAUGUGGCUGAGCGACCACAAUGCCUUGCGGACACAAUUCGAAAACGUAGCGCGAAAUGAAUACACCAAGAGCGACACGAAGAACCCCGUCGACUGUAGUUUAUACUAUCUUGCCCUGAAGAAAAAGACGAUCCUCCAAGGCCUUUGGCGUAUGGCAUACGGAAACCGCGAACAGGCCGCUACCCAACGGUUCCUCGCGAACAACUUUGACGACCCCGAGUGGCGGACUAAGGCUCUGAAGAACGCAUAUGCAUUGCUCAGUAAACGUCGAUUUGAAUAUGCCGCUGCGUUCUUCUUGCUUGCGGAUCAUCUACAGGAUGCUGUCAACAUCUGUUUAAAACAGUUGAAGGACAUCCAGCUUGCCGUUGCUAUAGCUCGCGUGUACGAGGGCGACCAAGGACCGGUUUUGAGGAAGCUCUUGGAAGAAGAAAUUCUUGCAGUGGCUGCUAAAGAAGGCAACCGCUGGCUCGCGUCGUGGGCUUUCUGGAUGUUGAAUCGUAAGGAUAUGGCUGUGAGGGCGCUGAUUUCGCCAGUUUAUACCCUCGUUGAGACACCGUGUACUCCUGACCUCCAGUCAAAACUGUUCCUCACGGAUGAUCCAGCGUUAGUGGUAUUGUAUUCCCAGUUGCGACAAAAAACACUUCAGACACUUCGAGGGGCAUCCAAGGUCACUCCCCGUGUCGAGUGGGAGUUUGUUCUUCACAGCGCCAAGCUCUAUGACCGGAUGGGCUGUGAUCUGCUGGGUCUAGACUUAGUUCGAAACUGGGAGUUUUUGAAACCAGCAACAAGUUCCAGCAACGGUCUGGGCGGCGAAAUUAAUCCCCUGAAGCUGCUGCGGCGCCGCAGUUCACUGGUAGUUGCGGAUCUUCCAAUGUCAAGCCUGCACAUGGAGAUGAGGUCAGGAGGCAAAAAGGGCAAGGCAUCGACACCGACAGUCUUCCAGGAGCCUGAUUCGAGCUCUCUGCUAGAUAGCUUCGGUUUCUGA